GCUGCCCGGAGCGGCGGAGCCAUGGAGCCCACGGGGCCGCGGGCGCGGGAGCCCUCGCUCUACACCGUCAAGGCGCUUUUCAUCCUGGACGGCGACGGGCAGCGGCUGCUCGCCAAGUAUUACGACGGCACCUUCCCGUCGGCGAAGGAGCAGGCGGCUUUCGAGAGGAAGGUGUUCAGCACCACGCGGCGCGCGGGCGGCGACGUCGCCUGCCUGCAGGGCCUCACCGUGCUCUGCGCCAGCAGCGCCGACCUCUUCUUCUACGUGGUGGGCAGCUGCCAGGAGAACGAGCUCGUGCUGGCGGCGGUUCUCAGCUGCCUGCUGGAGGCCCUGGGCCGUGUGCUGCCCGGGGAGGUGGAGAAGCGGCGGCUGCUGGACAACAUGGACGGGGCGUUCCUGGUGGUGGAUGAGAUCGUGGAUGGCGGGGUGAUCCUGGAGAGCGACCCGCAGCAAGUGGUGCAGAGGCUGAGCCUGCGGGCGGCCCCGGAGCCGGCGGCCUACGGCUUCGUCCUGCUGGAUUACCUGGCGGGCAGCUCGGCGCGCAGGGAGUAGGCCCGCUCCCGUCCUCACCCCCUCGGACCGCCCGGCGCCGCCGCUGCAAGCCCCUUGCCGGAUUUCCACCCCCCGCAGCAUUAAUAAGGAGGAAGAAAUCGAGGAAGAAACGAAGCGCUAAUAAAGGAGGAUCGAGGA